AUGACAGCUAUGUCAUCUCCGAAUAGUCUGUCAUUUGCUCCUGGAGGCUCCUUGCUGGCUCUCCUCGAGCGACGAGAUCUCCGUGAUCAUAUAAGUUUAUUCGAGUGCAAUGAGACCAGUUGGCGCCUUUUGCGUAAUUUUAUUCUGGAUGAGACUGACGAUGCAGAUGGACUACUUUGGUCACCUGAUGGUCGUUACCUGGCCGUAUAUGACUCUUGCCUUAAGUAUCGCCUGCUUGUUUACUCUAUAGAUGGUCGAAAGCUGGCUUCCUAUUCAGCAUUUCCAGAAGAAAAUCAAUCGCUCGGUAUAAAAACUGUAAACUGGUCUCCAACGGGUCAGCUUUUGGCCAUUGGAAGUUAA